AUGCCCAAAGUUCUGAUGCCGAUUGGCGAUGCGACAGAAGUAUUGGAUACGAUGUAUCCCUAUUUUCGGUUACCCGAAGAUGGAUUCGAAGUGGUAGUCGCCGGCCCCGAGGCCCGUCUAUACCACAUGGUUCUUCAUGAGAUUCCCCCGAAUGCAGAUCCCCCGUGGGAUAUCACCCAAGAGCGUCCCGGCUACCAUCUGCCUGCCAGCGUGGCGUUUCGUGAUGUCGACCCCACCGAGUAUGCCGGGCUGUUUGUCUCUGGCGGGCGCGCUCCAGAGUACCUGCGGUACGACAAAGACCUGCUGCGGAUCACCCGCCAUUUUUUUGAGGCCAACAAGCCAGUGGCCUGCGUCUGCCAUGGAAUCGAGAUUCUCACCGCGGCCGAUUGCAUUCAGGGCCGAACCAUGACCACGGUGGCCAAGUGCGCGUUAGACGUUGAGCAAGGUGGGGCAAAAUAUGUUGACGAGCCAACCGUGGUCGACGGCAAUCUGGUCUCGGCCCGAGUUUGGAUGGACAACACGAUGCUGCUGAAAAAAUUCAUCGAGAUGUUGCAUCAGGGCUCAAUGGGCGACUGGAUCUACCGAACCGACUUAUGGGUCAUUUUCAUCUACAUGGGGGUGAUGCUGUAUGUCGCCUGGCGGGUCUCGGCUACGAGUGGGGAUAUUGAAGGCUACACGGUCGGCAACCGGAAGAUGCCAGGGUGGGCGAUCGGCCUCUCAGUUCUGGGAACCUUCACCAGCAGUAUUUCGUUCCUGGCUUUGCCGGCGACUACCUAUGCCACGAACUGGAACACUUUUGUGUUCUCGCUAGCGUUGCCCAUUUCGGCGUGGAUCGCAGUACUCUAUUUCGUGCCGCUGUAUCGCAACCAGGUCCAGUUUUCAGCAUACGAAUUCCUCGAGGCUCGUUUUGGGUACUGGGCUCGAGCCUAUGUCGUGAUUUCCUAUGUCAUCCUGCAGAUCAUUCGCGUCGCAAUGGUGCUGCUGUUGGUGGCGCUGGCUGUGACUCCACUGCUGGGUUGGAACAUCAUUCCAACAUUAAUACUGCUGGGCACCCUGGUGAUCAUUUACGACACCUUGGGAGGAAUCCAGGCGGUGAUCUGGACCGACGUUGUACAAGUGGUGAUUCUCAUCGUCGGUGCCCUGUGGUGUUUGUUUGCACUCACAUUCGGAUUGCCCGGAGGAAUCACGGAAUUCAUCGAGUCGGUGCCUCUCGAUCGCAUCUCGCUGGGCGUAUGGGAUGCGGAAACGGAAAGCUCAAAGCCGUGGUGGGAUGUCUGGUAUCUGGGACAAUCCACGAUCCUCGUCGUCAUCAUUUACGGAAUCAGCGAGAACCUGCGGAACUACGGAACCGAUCAGAAUUACGUGCAGCGAAUACUUUCCGCACGAAGCGAUCACGAGGCCGCCAAAUCGCUGUGGAUCGGGGCCUGGGCCUACUUGCCCAUCUCCAUCAUGUUCUGCUUGAUCGGCACCGCACUCUGGGUAAACUACCCUACCCCGCCGAUUGUCGAUGGCGAGAUGAUCUCUCCCGAUAAGGUUUUUCCGAACUUCAUUCACACGCGUCUUCCGCUUCCGGUAGCAGGGCUAGUCAUCGGGGCCAUCAUGGCUGCGGCAAUGAGCACCGUGGAUUCCAGCCUCAACUCAUCGUCCACGGUGGUCUACGUCGACAUAAUUCGACGGUUUGAGCUGAAGCCCGCUUGGGUUCCCGAAAUCAUCAUGCUGAGAGGGCUGACUAUCACCCUCGGUAUUGUGGGCACCGCGGCCGCGGUAGCGAUCUAUCAGAGGUAUCUCAACGAAUCUGAAACCAUCAUGCGAAUGUGGUGGACCUAUGCCGGAGUUGCUGGCGGCGGGAUGUUCGGGCUGUUCUUGCUGGCCUGGCUGUUGCCUCGAACCCCGAAUUGGGCGGCCAUCCUUGGGGUCAUCCUUUCAAUCCCGAUGCUCGUCUGGGGUAUUCUGCCUGUGAGCGUCUUGGAAGCCCAAGAACUCGAGCACCUGGCUUGCCCUCUGCACGGAAACCUGGUCGGAGUUGCGGGCACCUCGAUCAUUGUCUCCGUGGGCUUGUUGGCCCUGGUCGCAGUUUCGCUUGGGUUGUGUCGACCCAAUGAGAAGGCCGCGUUGCCGUCGGAAAAGUAG